GCCAUUGUCUCAGAGGAUGACUUUCAUCACAGUUCGAACUCCACCUACAGAACCACAAGCAGCUCUCUCCAAGCUGACCAGGAGGCACUGCUUGAGAAGCUGCUGGACCACCCUCCUCCUGGCCUACAGAGGCCUGAGGACCGCUUCAAUGGCGCCUACAUCAUCUUCUUCUGCCUGGGCAUUGGAAGUCUACUGCCAUGGAACUUCUUUGUCACUGCCAAGGAGUACUGGAUGUUCAAGCUUCGUAACUCUUCUUGCUCAGCCACAGGGGAAGACCCUGAAGACUCAGACAUCUUGAACUACUUUGAGAACUACCUUGUCAUCGCCUCCACCGUGCCCUCCGUGCUGUGCCUCGUGGCCACCUUCCUGCUUGUCAACAGGGUUGCAGUCCAUGUCCGUGUCCUGGCCUCACUGACCAUCACGCUGGCCAUCUUCGUGGUGAUAACUGUGCUGGUGAAGGUGGACACCUCCUCCUGGACCCGCAGCUUCUUUGCCAUCACCAUUGUCUGCAUGGUGAUCUUCAGUGGCACCAACACUAUCUUCAGCAGCAGCAUCUAUAGCAUGACUGGCUCCUUCCCUAUGAGGAAUUCCCAGGCACUGAUAUCAGGAGGAGCCAUGGGUGGGACCAUCUCCGCCGUGGCCUUGCUGUUGGACCUGGCAGCAUCCAGCGACAUAACGGACAGUGCCCUGGCCUUCUUCCUCACGGGAACCAUCUUCAUCAUGCUCUGCAUGGGACUCUACCUGCUGCUGCCCAGGCUGGAGUAUGCCAGGUACUACAUGAGGCCUCUUCGUCCAGCCCACGUGUUUUCUGGUGAAGGGGAACCACCCCCGGACUCCCCCAACAGUCCUUUGAUGGCCCCUAGAUCCAGCAACUCCCACACGCCACCCCUCCGCCCCAUCCUGAAGAAGACCUCCGGCCUGGGCUUCUGUAUUGUCUACCUCUUCUGCAUCUCCAGCCUCUUCUUCCCCGCCAUCUCCGCCAACAUCGAGUCUGUCGACAAGGGCUCAGGCUCACUGUGGACCACCAAGUUCUUUGUCCCACUCACCACCUUCCUCAUAUACAACUUUGCUGACCUGUGUGGCCGGCAGAUCACAGCCUGGAUUCAGGUGCCAGGGCCCAAGAGUAAG